UUUCUGUAUCCCUAACAAAAUAUUUAUAUCACUUAAUUUGAGCUCUCAAACCACUAAUUUCUCAACAGAAGCAAAAGAAAUCGGUAAGAUGGAUAAGAAGCUUCACACGGGGCUAGUUAAUCAUCUGAUCAUCGUCGUCUUCCUCGCCCAUAUUGCAGAACCAGCUCCAUCGAGCAAGCACUUUAAAUUUGUGCUCAUCCACGGAGCUUCCCAUGGCGCCUGGUGUUGGUUCAAGAUCGUGCCGCGGCUGCGAUCAGCCUUCGGUCACAGGGUCACGGCUUUGGAUCUCGCAGCUUCCGGGAUCGAUUCGAGGCAGCUGGACGACAUCCCUUCCAUUUCCGACUACGUCAAGCCGCUCGUGGACUUCAUGGAAUCUCUUCCCGCCCACGAAAGGGUCAUCCUCGUCGGCCAUAGCCUCGGCGGACUCGCUGUUUCCAUGGCCAUGGAGAAUUUUCCCCACAAAAUUUCUCUAGCUGUGUUCGUCACCGCCAUGAUGCCUGGCCCAACUCUCAACAUUUCCACCCUUUUGCAAGAGUCACUCAAGAGACGAGAGUCUACGCUAGACAGCCGGUUCAUCUACGGCGACGGACCCAACCGGCCGGCGACCGGCUUCGUUUUUGGGCCAUUGUAUCUGGCAGAGAAAGUGUACCAACUUAGCCGAGUUGAGGAUGUGGCUCUAGCGACCGUGCUUGUGAGGCCGCAGCGCUUGUACGGCCUGGAGAACAUGUCGGAGGAGCUGGUUUUUACCGCCGAGAAAUACGGAUCGGUGAGGAGAGUUUUCAUCGUUUCCGAGAAAGACGAGGUGGCGAAGAAGGAAUUUCAAGAGUGGAUGAUCGAUAGAAACCCUCCCGAUGAGGUUGAAGAGAUCAAGGGAUCCGAUCACAUGGUUAUGGUGUCUAAGCCAGUCAAGCUCUCGGCUCUUCUCCUCGCCAUUGCUGCAAAAACCUAUCGUUGAUCAGAUUUCGAUCGGCGAUGGCCUUAAGAUUUGAUCGCUUAAUAUUUGGCCUUAAAACAUGCCUAUAUAUAUAUAUAUAUCCUUCAAAGCAGGCAAGUAUGCCUUUCUUUUAUCCAAGCAUAAUGAAAAGCCUCGGGGUAAGUUCCAUGCCAACAGGAAGCUCAGUAACUUCAAGAAGCUUGGCGUCGACAACGUCCAAAUCCAUCAUUUCAGGCUCCAGUUGUGU